AUGUUACGGUUACGGAAAGUAGCUCAUCGCGCAUGUUUCUUCGUCAGUAGAACAGUGUAUAUGACAUGUUGUUGUGGCUGCUGCUCAGCGUUGCGUCCUCGCUAUAAGCGGUUAGUGGACAACAUAUUUCCGGCGUCUCCUCAAGAUGGACUGGUCAAGUCCAAUAUGGAGAAGCUCACAUUUUACUCGCUGUCCAGUCCUGAGAAACUGGACAGGAUCGGCGAGUACCUCUUCCAGAAGGCAUCUAGGGACAUCUACAGGAGGAGACAUGGGUUUGUGAUAAUAGCCAUGGAAGCGAUGGACCAGCUCCUGCUUGCAUGCCACUCGCAGACACUGAACUUGUUCGUAGAGAGCUUCCUGAAGAUGGUUCAGAAACUGUUGGAGUCCACUGAUCCUCAGUUGCAGAUCCUUGCGACGCAGAGCUUUGUCCGUUUUGCGAACAUAGAAGAGGAUACCCCAUCGUAUCAUCGGCGAUACGAUUUCUUCGUGUCGAAGUUUUCAGCGAUGUGUCACAGCAAUCAUAGUGAUGUUGUGACCAGAGACAAAAUCAGAUUGGCUGGAAUACAAGGCUUGCAGGGUGUCAUAAGGAAAACUGUGUCUGAUGAUUUGGUUGAAAAUAUAUGGGAGGCUCAACAUAUGGACAAGAUUGUACCAUCGCUACUUUAUAAUAUGCAGACGGCUGAGAAAUAUGAAACUGUAUCUUGUAUGGAGACGGAUACUAGAGAUGGGGCUGAAGAGAGUCCGCCACGUUUAGCUGAAGCAUGCCUCAGGGAACUAGUGGGGCGAGCGUCGUUCGGACAUAUACGUAGUGUACUCAGACCGGUACUCACACAUUUCGAUCGUCAUGAGCUUUGGGUGCCUAACGAUUUUGCAGUGCAUACGUUUAAAAUCAUCAUGUUCUCCAUCCAGGCGCAAUAUUCGUACAGCGUGGUGGAGGCUCUGAUGCAGCAUUUGGACGUGGGCGGUCCAGCGGCGGGGCAGCCGCGCGUGCGCGCCGCCCGGGCCGCGGUACUCAGCAAUAUUGUCGCCAUCGCCGCCGCUGACUCCGUAGGGCCUUCCGUAUUGGAGAUAAUCAACAAUUUACUGACAAACCUGAGAGCUUCCGUCGCGAGGGAUUCAGAGAAAGAAACUGACGAGAAAUUGUAUCAGGACGCUUUGAUAAAUGCUCUGGGAGAAUUCGCUGACCAUUUGCCGGACUUCCAGAAGAUAGAUAUAAUGAUGUUCAUUAUCAGCAAGGUUCCUAGCUCGCAGCGCGGCAAGGGGGCGAAGCCCGACGCUAUGCUGCAAACUAUACUUCUCAAGUCUCUACUCAAGGUGGGUACAACGUAUAGGACUACGGAGUUCAGUAAAGCCUUCCCGGCGGCAUUCCUGGAGGCUUUAUUGCGCGUGUCCAGUGUCGGAGACGCGGGAACUAGAGUUUUACUGCAACGGAUACUGCACACUCUGCUCGACAGGAAGGGAAACGCACCGCAUCUAGUUGCGCCCACUGUGGACUAUGCGGAACUUGGACUAGCUGUAGAGAAAUGUUCCCGACAGGAUCUUAUCUUCAUUAGCAAGCACGGCUACGCUAUAUACAUCUCCUUAUAUGACGGUCUUCAAUUAGAAUCGAACACUCUCGAAAACAUCGAAGCUAUUUACACGACACUUGCUCUUCUCUGCAUAGAGUUGGCAUCAGAGGAGACGCUAUGUGAUAUGCUACAGUUGAUAUUAGCUAUUCAGCAAUCGGCGUUAACGAACCCGGUACUGAGCGUGGCGCAACAGUGUCAGCUUCAAGCUCUGGUCGCAUCUCUGGCGGCGUUAUUGCCACACGUGAUGCCAUUACCGCGCCUGCAGGAAUACGUGAGGAAGAUCAUCGAAGCUCGUGCUUCAGAUGGUCCGCAAUUGCUGCCUCCACUGCGCCGCGAAUAUCCACAUCUGGCACCAGCUGAUAUGCCAGGAAGUAUGCCGUAUCUGAUGUUCGAUCAGAUGGCAAUUUGUGAAUGCGUGAAAGCUAGUGGAUUGGAUAUUGCGAGACUGCAAGCGGCGUCUCCAUACGCUGGGGGUACAGCUAUAGGGAUGGCACAUAGGCAUAGCUGGGUCGAGGCCGGUGCGGCUCAAGGACGAGACAGUUUGGCCGAUAUCACCGGCCCUGUCACCGAAUUGGACAGCGCUAAUAGCUCGCCGGGAGUGCAAAGGCAUCCAAUGCAAUCGGAGAGCGUGAGUCUGGAAGCGUUGAGGCGGGCCGCUACUGGUCCAACGGAGGCGGAGAGGCGUGAAGCUGAGAGGCGUAAGGCAACGUUGAAUAACACGUUCCGUACCGCGCCAUUCGGUACACUGGUCACUAUCACUCAACCUAAGUACGAGAUAAAAGAGAAAUUGGAGGAGAUUUUCAAUUCAAUAUCUGAGGAACCGUUACUGCCUACAUCAGGCUCGUGUUCACCUGGCAGUCAGUCAAAGUCCUACACGCAGAACGUGCCACCAUACACUAAAUACUUCCCAGAACUGUUCCUAUACUAG